GCUCACACCUCAUCGCCUUCUCUCUCUAACAAACCAGAAAAGGAAAGAUAAAAACAGAAAAAAGUUCACCACGAAAAAAGCUUCUUUUGCUCUGAUCGAUCAAUCUGCCAUGGCGGAGAAGAGCUUCAAGUAUGUGAUCCUUGGUGGUGGCGUCGCAGCAGGAUAUGCAGCUAGGGAGUUUGCCAAACAGGGGGUUCAGCCAGGUGAACUAGCUUUAAUCUCCAAAGAAGCGGUGGCUCCUUAUGAACGUCCUGCUCUCAGCAAGGCUUACUUGUUUCCUGAGUCUCCUGCUAGACUUCCUGGGUUUCAUGUUUGUGUUGGUAGUGGAGGAGAGAGAUUACUUCCUGAUUGGUACAAGGAGAAAGGUAUUGAAUUGAUUCUUAGUACUGAAAUAGUUAAAGCAGAUCUUCCUGGGAAGACUCUUAUUAGUGCAGAUGGAAAAUCCUUCAAGUAUCAGAUUCUUAUUAUUGCAACUGGUUCUACAGUUAUAAAGUUGAGUGAUUUUGGUGUUCAAGGAGCUGAUGCAAAAAAUAUUUUCUACUUGAGAGAAAUUGAUGAUGCUGACAAGCUUAAUGAAGCAAUUAAAGAAAAAAAGAACGGGAAGGCUGUGAUUGUUGGUGGUGGAUACAUUGGUCUUGAGCUUGGUGCUGCUUUGAGAAUUAAUAAUCUAGAUGUCACCAUGGUUUACCCUGAACCUUGGUGCAUGCCUCGGCUUUUUACUUCUGGCAUAGCUGCUUUCUAUGAGGGUUACUAUGCAAAUAAAGGAAUUAAAAUUAUCAAAGGAACAGUGGCAGUUGGUUUUAGUACCAAUUCAGAGGGAGAGGUGACAGAAGUUAAGCUGAAGGAUGGUAAUGUGCUAGGAGCUGACAUUGUUGUUGUUGGUGUUGGAGGAAGACCCCUUACUACAUUAUUCAAGGGACAAGUUGAAGAGGAGAAAGGUGGCAUCAAGACUGAUGGUUUCUUCAAAACAAGUGUGCCCGAUGUAUAUGCUGUGGGUGAUGUGGUUACUUUCCCAUUGAAAUUGUACAAUGAGGAUAGAAGAGUAGAGCAUGUUGAUCAUGCACGCAAGUCAGCUGAGCAGGCUGUUAAGGCCAUCAAGGCAAGCGAGGAGGGAAAAUCAAUAGAUGCUUAUGAUUACCUUCCAUACUUCUAUUCUCGCGCUUUUGAUUUGUCAUGGCAGUUCUAUGGUGACAACGUUGGCGACACAGUGCUUUUUGGAGACAGCAAUCCUGCAUCACCAAAGGCCAAGUUUGGAUCGUACUGGAUUAAAGAUGGCAAGGUUGUUGGAGCAUUUCUGGAGGGUGGUACACCAGAGGAAAACAAAGCUAUCGCUAAUGUUGCUAGGGUCCAACCCCCAGUUGAGAGUCUAGAUCAGCUUGCAAAGGAAGGUCUUUCCUUUGCUAGCAAGAUCUAAAAUUUUCCUUUUAAGCGUGUCAGUAUAUUGGUUUGCCGCUGGUUUCUAAAUAGGUACAUAGUACCAUAUGUUCUGGGUUGUAUUGUUACAGUGCGUGCUGGCUUUGGCUUUCCAAAUUUAUUCUAGAUAUUUCUUAUUCUAAAAAUAAUGACUUCGUUAUUUUCUUA